GCGUCUCCCCCCUCACCACACCUUCCCCUCACUCUUCCCGCCCCCCGAGGCCUCCCUCCGCCGCCCCGCCGACACACGGGCCCCGCAAUGGCCGCCCGCGCCCGCUUCGUCCACAACCGCCGCGCGGCCGACGAGGACGGCUCCGACGAGGAGGAGGCUCUGUCCUCCUCUGACGACGGCGGCGGCGACGAGGAAGAGGAGGAGAUGGAGGCCGAGGGGUCCGAGGAGGAGGAGGAGCCAGCGGCCAGGGCGUCCUCCUCCUCCUCCGUAGCGGCAGCGGCCGCGGGGAGGGGCGGCAGGAAGGGCCCGAUUACCAUCAGCCUCAAGAAAGUCUGCAAGGUGUGCAAGAAGACGGGGCAUGAGGCGGGGUUCAAGGGGGCGGUGUACAUCGAUUGCCCCAUGAAGCCUUGCUUCCUAUGCAAGAUGCCAGGUCACACGACCUUGACUUGCCCACACAGGGUAGCGAUGGAGCAUGGUGUUAUCCCAGCCCCAAGAAGGAACACAAACACUUCACUGGAUUACGUCUUCCAGAGUCAAGUCAAAGGCAAGAUCUCCAUGGUUAAGCCUCGGUUUCUGGUGCCUAACCAAUUGGAGUGUGGUAACAUAAAAUUUCACCAAAGACGCGUGACCUGCUUGGAAUUUCAUCCAACUAAGAACAAUGUGCUUUUAUCAGGAGACAAGAAAGGCUUACUAGGCAUUUGGGAUUAUGUUAAGCUGCAUGAGAAGAUUACUUAUGAUUCUGUGCACUCCUGCAUUCUGAACAGUAUGAAGUUUGACACUGCAAAUGAUGGAGUGCUAUACACAGCUUCUUCUGAUGGGACUAUCAGCAGCACAGACUUGGACACUGGAAUUGGCUCGCCCUUGUUAAAUCUCAACCCAGAUGGUUGGAGUGGUCCAAGCACUUGGCGCAUGAUAUACGGAAUGGACUUAAACACCGAGAAAGGUCUUCUUUUGGUGGCAGAUAGUUUUGGGUUCCUUUACUUAUUGGAUAGACGGUCGAAGGAAAGAAUCGGGCAACCAAUUCUUAUACAUAAAAAGGGUAGCAAGGUAACUGGCCUGCAUUGCAAUCCUGCACAACCUGAAGUUCUUCUGAGCAGCGGGAAUGAUCACUUUGCCCGCAUUUGGGAUACAAGGAAACUUGAUCCCAAGUCUGCUCUUGCCAGCCUUGCUCAUGGACGGGUUGUUAAUUCAGGAUAUUUUUCUCCACGAAGUGGGAAUAAGAUCAUGACAACGUGCCAAGACAACCGAAUUCGUGUCUGGGAUUAUAUUUUUGGUAAUCUGGAAUCCCCAAGUAGAGAAAUCGUGCACAGCCAUGAUUUCAACCGUCACUUGACUCCCUUCAAAGCGGAGUGGGAUCCAAAGGAUUACUCGGAAACAGUUGCAGUCAUUGGUCGUUACAUAAGUGAGAACUACAAUGGGGUUGCUCUACAUCCCAUUGAUUUCAUAGACACCAGCACUGGGAAGCUUCUGGCCGAGGUGAUGGACCCUGACAUAACCACCAUCAGCCCAGUGAACAAGCUACAUCCUCAAGAUGAUAUCCUAGCCACAGGGAGCUCAAGGUCCAUUUUCAUUUGGAAACCAAAGAAUGAGGUCGAUCCCACGGAAGAGAGGACCAGCCAGAAGGUCAAGGAGUAUGUAUACGGGUCAGGUUCACACAAGAAACCAAAUGGCAAGCACGACAAUAGUAGUGAUGAUGACUCAGAUGGUGGUGGUGGAAAGGGCAAGAAGGCAAAGAAGACCCGCUUCACUCACACCGCGAAGGGAAAGGGCAAAUCCAAAGCUUGAUGAGAGAUGUAGUAUUAACCACCGCUGCUGGAGCUCAUUUUGGGUACCAUAUCGCGUCCUAGUCGUAGUUUAACAUGCUGAAGCAUGAUCAUCUUAAGAAACAAACAUUUUAGAGUUCGUUUUGUGUUGCUUUUGAACCCUGAUGUGCUGAAGCCUUGUGGUACCAUGGCAGUAUGCCACAGCCAUCUUGAGCAACAAACAUUUAGAAUUAGGCAUGUGUUGCUUUUGAAUCCUGAUGCGAUUUAGGGGUUAAAUCUGUGUAUAUAUAUAUAUAGGCUUGAACGCAGUUUCGAACACAAGUUGCUGAUCAUCUGCCCUA